UUCUGAACGCCACUGAUGACGAAGCGCAGCGAGACCACGUGGCCACUAUCAUGUGUCGUCUCGUCAUGUGAUUGCAACAGCGGCAGCCAGUUCCUGCCAUCCAGACUUGCUGUAUCAUGUCGGACAUCGCGCUCUGACUGCGCUGUCGUGUUUAGGAAGCUGAACAGGGGCAGUAUGGGAGCGUGUAGCCCGGCUCUGGCUCGCCACGCCGCCUUCCUCCUCCUCCUCCUCUUCACCCUGCGGCGCUCUGUGUGCCGGGCCGAGGGGACCGAUGGCAGCCCGUGGUUUCGAGACCUUUGCAGCUAUAAAUGGGAGGCUUUUGACCAGGACAACAAGGUCAAAUACACCAUGAAGCUCUGUGCUUCGUCUCCCGACACCGAAUGUGGAGCCAGCAGUGCAGUCUGUGCCCAGAAUCUUGCCAGCAAAGGGAACUGGUCAGCAGGUGAGCUAGCCCUGCAGACGUCCUCUGAUGGAGUGCUUGUUUUUAACAGCACUCAGAAGUGCCAAGAUGCAACCAACAAAGUUCAGAGCAGCAUCAGUUUCCAGUGUGGUAAAACAAUGGGCACACCAGAGUUCAUCACUGUUUCGCAGUGUGUGCAUUACUUUGAGUGGAAAUCAUAUGUCGCCUGCAAAAGAGAGAAAUUCAAACCACAAAAUGAGGUGCCGUGCUACGUCUUUGAUUCUGAUGGAAAAAAACACGACCUCAACCCUCUCAUCAAAGUGACAGACGGCUACCUGGUCGAUGAUUCAGACGAUGAUGUGGACUUUUAUAUUAACAUAUGCAGAAAUUUGAACCGACCAGAGAGCCUGUGUCCUGUAGACUCUGCUGCCUGUCUUACUAACCGCAGCAGAUCCUUCAGCAUGGGUAAACCAGUGAAGCCUCUGGAGCUGAUCUCUAAAGAUAGGUUAAGGCUGCGGUAUGAAGGUGAAGCUGAAAGUGAGCUGUGUGAUGGACACAAGCCUGCUGUUACCAUCACCUUCAUCUGUCCAACCAGCAGACAGCAGGGGAGCGACCCCAAGCUGACAGCCAAGACGAACUGCCGCUAUGAGAUUGAGUGGGUGACAGAGUAUGCCUGCCACAGAGACUACGUAGAGAGCCACAAUUGCACACUGACCAGCAAACAGCACGACAUCUCUGUCGACCUCACACAACUCACACACAGCUCUGGAGAAACCCCCUACACAGCUGAGGCCAAGAUCGGGAAGGACAGCUACAUUUUCUAUCUGAAUGUGUGCGGGGGGACCACAGCUGGCGAAUGCAAAGACUCCAAAGGUUUCAUAUCCUCCUGUCAGGUGAAGGAUGAUGGAACAGUGAACAAGAUAGCUGGGAGAUACGAGAAUCAAAUUCUGAGGUACUCUGACGGAGAACUCACUCUUAUCUAUCCAGGAGGAAGCAGCUGCAGCUCAGGCUUCCAGCGCAUGACCGUCAUCAACUUUGAGUGCAACUCUACUGCAGAGAAUGGCCAUCCAGUGUUUACAGGAGAGACUGACUGCACUUAUUACUUUAAGUGGCAGACUGCCUAUGCAUGUGUCAACGAUAACAAAGACUUGUUGUGCAGAGUAACAGACGGAAAAAAGCAUUACGACCUCUCUCCCCUCACUCGCUAUCCAAGAUCAGAUUCCCCAAAUCCAAUUCAGAACUGGGAUGCAGUGGAUGCUAAUGUUCCAGACUCUGAAAAAAAGCGUUUUUAUAUCAACGUAUGCCAGAAGGUCAUCCAGCAGAAGGAAACCAGCUCCUGUCCCAAAGAUGCAGCUAUUUGUGCUGUGGGAAAAGGAAAAUCGAUCAGUCUGGGUAAAUUCCUCUCCUCACCCCGGAAGGAGCCUCGGGGGAAUAACUUGAGGCUUGUAUACACUGAGGGAGAUGUGUGCCGGAAAAACACAAAGAUUCAGACCAUCAUUACUCUGAAGUGUAAGCCCGGGGAUGUUGAAAGUGCCCCCAUCAUGAGGAGUGUGUCCGUUGACGGCUGUGUUUAUGAGUUUGAGUGGCAGACAGCAGCGGCCUGUGUUCUUUCCAGAGCAAGUGGAGAUAACUGUAAAGUGGAGGACUCUACUGCAGGUUUUUCAUUUGAUUUGACGCCACUAAGGAAGGCCGGUGGAGGUUACUACAAUAUAUCUGAUGAUGAAUAUGACUACUUCAUUAAUGUCUGUGGGGGUGUUAAUUCUGAGAGUUGUCCUGGGACAGCAGGAGCCUGUCAGGUUGACAAAAGCAAGACAAAGUCCUGGAACCUUGGCGAGUUUAAUUCUAAGCUGUCGUAUUACGAUGGCAUGAUCCAGCUGGACUACCUGAACGGCUCCCGGUAUAACGACAAAAAACACACACAGCGAUCCACACACAUCUCCUUCCUGUGUGACAGAGAGGCUGGACCAGGAAAACCUGAAUUUCAGGUUGAGGAUGGUUUUACCUACAACUUCAGAUGGUACACUUCUUAUGCCUGUCCGGAAAGACCCCAGGAGUGUGUGGUGACGGACCCUGAUACUUUACAGCAGUAUGACUUGUCUAGUUUGUCAAGGUCAAAUGGGCCCAGCAACUGGCAGGCCAUGGAUUUGUCUGACCCCAACAAUCGGAGGAAGUAUUACAUCAAUGUGUGUCGACCUCUUAGACCUGUGUCCGGGUGUGAUCGGCUGGCCUCAGUCUGUGAGAUGACAUACGAGAUUCAGCAGGGGGUGCCAACUGAAAAAGUGACUGUCAGUAACAUGGGCUUGGCUCUAAAAGGGCCCGUGAUUGUAGAGGAGAACCAGUUGAUGCUGGAGUAUACAAACGGCUCAGCGUGUGACGCUGAUGGAGUGAUGACCACAUACACAACCCGCAUUCACCUCAUCUGCUCUAAACAAUCUGCGGUGCAGUCUUCAGGUCCACGGUUUUUGACCAGUCAAAACUGCACAACUAACUUUGUGUGGAACACAAAAGCAGCAUGCCCGAUCUCAACUGCGGUGGCUACCAACCAGACCUGUUCUUUGAAGGACCCCAACACAGGCUUUGAGUUCAACCUUGCCCCCCUGGCCUCCAAAACUGGAUAUAACACAACUGCAAAUGGAAAUCUGUUCAUAGUGAAUAUAUGUGGCGAGGCGUCUCAGUGUGGUUCAGAUGAAAGUAAGUCUAUAGCAGGCUGUGUGUUGGAGAAGGGGAAGCCUCACAGUCCUGUAGGAGUGGAGAGGUCUCUGCAAUUUUCCACUGAUGGGCUUCUCACACUGAUUUACAAAGGAGAGCUGGACAAACAGAUGGGCACCAGGGCCACCUUCACCAUUAACUUUGUGUGUGACCAGAAUGCCAGUACGGGCUCACUGAAGCUUAUUCGUGAGGAACUCGCCACAACUUCACACGUUCAGCAUGACGUUCUGUUUGAAUUCUCCACUGCUCUGGCAUGUGAGCCUGCACCUGUGGAUUGCCGUGUGACUGAUUCUCAGGGAAAUGAGUACGACCUGAGUGAUCUCAGUCUGGAUAAUAAGGCCCAUGUUCCCUUAGACACUUCAGAUCAGGCCAAGUCUCAGAAGUUCUUUAUCAACGUUUGCAAACCUCUGCCCCUUAUCCUGGGCUGCCCUAUUGGAGUAAUUGGAGCCUGUGGUCAGAUUAAUGGCAGAGGUUUGAACCUGGGAUACGUGCAGUCCAGCCUACAGGCCGCUUCUGAUGGCUCCAUCAGCAUCGUCUACCUCAACGGAGAUAAAUGUGGUGCAAAUGGUCGCUUUUCAACCCGUGUGAUCUUCCAGUGUGACGACAGCCCGGGCUCACCUAUAUUUGAUCGCAAAGAUGGCUGUGAGUAUGUCUUCGUCUGGAGGACCUCAGAGGCUUGUCCUGUGAAAAGGGUGACUGGCACAGACUGUAAGGUAAGGGACCCCAGAAGUGGCUACGAGUAUAACCUUAAUUUGCUGGCUGGGACCGACUACGAAGUGAAGAGUUCGCAGUAUGAAUAUCACUUUGCAGUGUGCGGCCCCAUUACAUCUUCAGUCUGCCCGCAUGGAGAAAAGAACACUGUAGCCUCCUGUCAAGUAGAGGGAUCGAGUCACAGGAUUUCUGGGGUGGCUACUAAAAACUUAACAUUUGAUGAUGGAGUCAUAAUGAUCAACUACACACAUGGAGAAACCUGCCACAAGAUUUACAGUCGAUCAACAGCCAUCCUCUUCUCCUGUGACCACAACAAGAGUCCAGGGAAGCCAGCUUUCAUUCGGGAGACAGCAGACUGCACCUAUAUGUUUGAGUGGCACACUGCUUUGGCCUGUCUGCCGUUUAAGACUACCGACUGCACCUAUAAUGAUGGCCAUGGAAACUCAUAUGACCUGUCCUCUCUGGCUCUGCACAACUCUAACUGGGUGGUCCUGCCUCAGUCUGGGAACAUGGAUCAGCGCUACUAUAUCAAUGUGUGCAAAUCUUUAGUGCCACAGAGUGGCAUGUGGGGUUGUCCAAGCAGUGCUUCAGCUUGUCUGAAGAAUGGUGAGGAGUAUGUCAGUCUGGGGGAGGCGAAGGAGAGCCCGCAGUGGGAAAGCAAUGUCCUAGUCCUGAAAUACACAGACGGGGCUUCCUGCCCUGGAGGAGACCGAAACAGAACCACCAUCAUCCGCUUCAAAUGUGACCAUGAGAAAGUGGACUCUGAACCCACUCAGACCUUUGCAAUUGAGGACUGCACCUACAGCUUUAUGUGGUUCACAGCAGCUGCUUGCCCUCUUAACCGCACAGAGCAUGGAGACUGUAAGGUCACUAACCCAGUCACUGGACAUCUCUUUGACUUGAAUGUGCUCAAUAAAUCUAAAGGAUACACUGUAUAUGACAGAGAGAACCCAAGAAAGAUGUAUAGGCUCAACCUGUGUGGGCCAAUGAAAAAUGCUGGCUGUGCUCCAGGAACAGGAGUGUGCAUCAAGGAUCCAAGCUCAGCUGUGAAUGGGGGUAAUGCCUCUAAGAAGCUGGUUUAUAAGGACCAGGUGCUGGAGCUCACCUAUGAGGGAGGAGACAUAUGUGAAUCCAAUCCCUCACUGAGACUCAAGAGCAUCAUCAGCUUUAUCUGCAAAUCUGAGGGAGGAGGCACAGAUGUGCCUGUGCUGGUAGACUACGACGAGGAUACCUGCACCCACUAUUUCUCCUAUCACACCCCUGUAGCCUGUGAGCAACAGGUGAAGUGUUCAGUUUUUAAUGGAACAAACCUGCUCGACCUGAGUCCCCUGAUUCACCUGAAUGGGUACUACACCGCCACAGAUGAGGAUUUGGAAAAGGACAAGUCCCCUGACUUUUACAUCAACAUCUGCCAACCUCUAAAUCCCAUUCCAGGGGUCACAUGUCCUCCUGGAGCAGCGGUGUGUAUGGACCCUGCUGAUGGAGAUCCAAUUGACAUUGGACGCAUCACAUCUGGUCCCAAAUACAAUAGAGCCACAGAUGAGGUGGAGAUCUUUUUUAACAGCAGUACACCUUGUGCUGUUCAACCCUCUGCUACUUACACCUCCAAAAUACUCUUCACCUGCCAGAGAGGCACAGAUUUGGGUUCUCCAGCCAUGAUUCGUCAGCAGGACUGCAUGUAUGUGUUUGAAUGGGCCACUCCUGUGGUGUGUCCAGAAACAGUCCACGCAAACGGCUGCUCGCUAAAUGUCUCUCAACUUCAGUACACCUUUGAUCUCACACAGCUCUCCAGGAAUGUUCAGGUCAGUGGUUCCUCCGGCUCCUAUAAGAUCAACGUAUGUGGUGCUGUGAAGGACAAAGGCUGUGAGAACAGUCCAGUGUGUCUGGUGUCCAGUGGUUCAGCCUAUUCCUUUGGCAUCAGCAAGGCCAUGAGUCUGAACUACAGCUGGGAGCAGCAGGCUGUGAUCAUGCAGUAUGGAGGUGGCGACCCCUGUCCUUCAGUGACUGUUGGGGGAGACGCAUGUGUUUUUCCUUUCAUUCAUAUGAAAAAGUCCUAUACGGAGUGUACUACUGAAGGCAACCAUGAAGGCAAAAAGUGGUGUGCCACCACAGCCAGCUUUGACAAAGACAGGAAAUGGGGCCUCUGUUCCAGUGUUACUGCUAAAAGGCAGUCGACCAUCCUAUUCACAUGUGAUCGUGCUGCAGGCCUAGGCACACCUCAGCUGAUCAGUGAAACGCAGGGCUGUUCUAGCAUGUUCCAGUGGCGCACCAAUGUGGUCUGCCCACCAAAGAAAAUGGAGUGCAAGCUGGUGAGCCAGCACCAAACCUAUGACCUGCGCACUCUGUCCUCCCUCACCGAACCAUGGAAGUUCAGAAAUCAGAACGAUGCGUACUACAUGAACCUGUGCCAGGGAGUCCAUGGUGGCCUGAUGGACUGUCCAGAAGGAGCUGCAGUUUGCCGCAGACGUGCCAAUGGAAAGACUGAGAAUCUGGGACUUGUGCACACCCAGACGAUGGUAGCAAUUGAUGGAAAUAUUCAGGUUAAUUACACCAUGGGCGAUGCUGUAUGUGGAAAUUCUAACAAAGCCAAAACUGUGGUGCAACUGACGUGCGGCACCACAGUGGGCCAUCCAAAACUCCUGCGUGAGGAUAUGGCAGCAUGUGAAUUCUGGGUGGAGUGGGAGACUCGAGCAGCCUGUGCUGUGAAGCAGCAGGAGGUGGAGAUGGUUAAUGGCACCAUCAAGCUUCCAGAGACAGGAGCCAUCUUCAGCCUUGGAGCCCUCUACUACAGACUCCACAAAGCUACAGGAGACAUCCGAACCAACGGUGACCGCUACAUCUACCACAUCCAGCUGUCUGGUAUCACCAACAACUCCUUGGCCCAGUGCCUGGGUGCUAAUAUCUGCCAGGUGAAGAGGGAUGCCUCCUACUGCAGAAAGAUUGGCUCUUCCACCCGGGCCAAGUACUAUAUCAAAGGGGACAACCUGGAUGUGCUGGUGCCGUCCGAAUCUAAGUGCGGCAGGGACCCAUCAAAAACUGUAUCAUCUGCAAUCUUGUUCCACUGCAACCCUGCCGUUGGAGAAGGCAUCCCAGAAUUCCUGUUGGAGACUGAUGGGUGCCAGUACUUAUUUGUCUGGCACACCUCCUCAGUGUGCGCCCUUUUCUCCUCAAGCAGACAGAUUGAUGAUAACAGUAAAGACAGUGUUGGACUGUCAGGGCGGAGUCAGGCUGUGGGGACAGUGCUUAGUCUGCUGCUUGUAGUGCUUACAGUCUGUCUACUUAUUUUGCUGCUUCACAAGCGGGAGAGAAGGGGCCUUGUUUUGCAGAAAGUGACCAGCUGCUGCAAGAAGGGAAAUCAAGUGUCCUAUAAAUACUCCAAGGUGAACACAGAUGAGGACGGCUGUGAAGAUGAGAUGGAGUGGUUAAUGGAAGAGGUGGAGGCUCCAGCACGAGGGCUGCAGGAGAACGGCCACGUCACCACUAAGCCAGUGAGCGCUGAUGCCCUGCGCUCCUUCUCAUUGGACGAGCAGGACAGCGAGGACGAGGUGCUGACCGUGCCGGGGGUGCGGAUCCACUCUGGCCGGAGCACAGGCCCCACCUCCUCAUCCUCCUCCCGGCUCCAGGCCGCCCGACAGAGAGCCGAGAGCGACGAGGACCUGGUGGGGCUUCUGGAGGACACUGGGAGCAGGAGCACGUCCAAACCGGGGGCCAAGCUCCAGAGGAAAACACAGCUGGACCCAGAGGACAGCGAUGAGGACCUGCUCAAAGUCUAAUAACACUGGUUCCACUCCCUGUAUCGAACCUCUGUCCAACUUCGCUCCAACCUUUUGCUCCUACAGUUUGUUCUCUUUCUGGUUUUCUAAAGGGAAAAAUCUAUUUAUCUGUAAACUGUUUACUGUACAGUGUUUCAAAGAGCAGAUGGGUUCAUGCAUCCACUCUAUAACGAUGCCUUUGUGAUGAAAAUAUUAUUUUUUAAUCAUUUAAAAAAUUAUUUUUAUUUGUGUUUUGUUUAGUUUUUUGUUCUUUCUAUGGGCUGAACUGAACUUUUGCAUUUGUUUAAUGUACAGAGAUGUUAUUUAUGUGUCUCUAAAUUAAGCUCAAUCUCCAUCAGACAUACUAGAUCAUUUAUGGCUUUAUUUAAUGGUUUUGGUACAUUUUCUAAAUCCAGUGUUGGGGGGUUGAAAACAACCUUCUGAGAGUGUUGAGAGAGAAUAUUUUUCUCUAUUCGACUGGAAAUGUAGCAUUGUGCAUUUGCAUUAAGUUGUCUUUCAUAUUAAUGUGGUUAAUCUGGUUAAAAUUGACCUUUUCUCUAUAGUGUCAGGGGGAGGGCUGUGUCCCUUUUUAAAUCCAUCCAUCUAUUUAUUGAGUAAGAGGAUGUCUCCUCCAUUGCUUUAGUGUCCCUUCUGCCAAACUAAAAGCAUGCUCUAUGCUCUAUCCCUUACAGAGAACAUUACACACAGUAUAUGGGUUUUAGUGCCAUGAGGCUGGGCUUUGGACGCUUGACUCAGUUUAAUGCCUCCCUUCCCUCCGCCAACUUUCCGCCCAAUAUUAAAACGCCUCAGUCUAUAAUUGAGCAUAUUUACAAUCACAGUGUGAUGGUUUUAUCGGGUAUCGUCUAUUGUUUUUUUUGUUAGUUCUCUUUUAAUUAAGUUUAUUUGAUUAAUUUUCUUUUGUUUUUUUGCACAGGCGUAAUAUGUAAAGUUUAUAUAAACACCUAGAUGCAUACAGAUGAGCUUACAGCACACCGUUUGGGUGUAAUGCACUUUGGUCUUUUGUUAAUUUGUUGUUUUAUCAUCCACUGGAAGUGUGUUCAUUAAAUGAGGGUGACUCAGGAAAUGUGUUUUUUUGCAAAGCAGCUUAGUCACCUUAGUCAACUUAGUCAAAAGCAUUUGCCCUUCGCUCUUAAUUGCUGUUCUUCAUAAACUUACGACUGUGAUGCAUGUGCUGAUUGCAGAGUUAACCUGCUAUUCACUAUAAACUUUGGUUACAUCUUAAGGGUAAUUAUAUACAGUAAUACCUAUAAACUGCAAAGGAAAAUGUUGCAAACUUGCUGAGUUAUUCUUAAGUGAUGGCCAUAUGGUGGAGGUGUCCUCUCUUAUCCACAUUGGACUGGUGUGGCUACAGGUUUUUUUAUUCCAGCCUCUCAGAAGCUUGUAGAAUCAGGUGGAAUCAGAUAAACUGCUGGUUGUUAAGAAUAAAAACCAGCAGCCACCCCGGCGCUUUUGAUUAUGAGAUAGGACUUCUCUGGCAUAAGGAAUGCAAAUCUGGCACCACUAGCUGUUGCUCUAAAUUUUCAAUUAAGCACAUUUGAACAUUUUUUCUGAUAGAUUUGCAUUCUGAGUUGUUUAAGAAGUAUUUGGUUUGAUCAGAAGUAGUUUGAGAGAACAUUUGACAAGGCUUGACCACACAUUCCCAAUCUAACCAUUACAAACAUCCUCCAGUAUUGAAUUAACAUGAAACGAGAUGCAUCAUUGCUUCUUGCCACGACUCCAUGUCUGUUGUAGGUGAAAAUGCUAAAAUCAGGAGUACGUUUCUGGAAGGUACUGCCCAUGCUCUGGGGUUUUCUCAAAGACUCUUUUGAUGAAGAUGAAGAUGAUGCACCAGCUGAAUUUGCUCUUUGUCUAUCGUCUGGGCAGAAGCUGGACUGUGUGACUGAUGACUGUUUGUGUCACUAAUUUCUUCCAGUGCAUCAACGGGAAUGUCUGCCACUGAUGUAUGCAUAUAAGAAGUUCGGUACGGCCUUUUUUCUUUUCUAUUUUACUUUUUUUUUUAUCACGAGUGGAUGAUCCAGAGCCUCUCCUGAUGUUGUCUCUCUUUUUUAAUAAUUGAGGCUCUGGAUCGGCUAUGAUUUCUGUUUUGUCAGAUGCUUUACUGCUUUGUUUGUGUGUUGUUUUUUUGUAUUUAAAAUGUCGAUGCUGAGACAUUAUUGCAUUAUUUCAAUAAAAGAGAUCAGCUAUUAAAGCA